GCGGUGGGCAGGCGCACGUGUAUUAUUCGACUUUGUUUGGAACAAUCUUUUGCACAAAAUGGAUGUAGUACAGGAAGUUUUGGAGAAGCAUAGGAAAGAGUUGGAUAAAUAUAAACCAAUCACAGUCGAAAAACAUCUGGAAUGCCGUCUUGAUGUGGGUACCUUACUUAUCACAGAUCCUAAUGAUUUGGAUGACCGGCAGAUUGCCAGUGCUGAAAAGGAAAACUACCUGCGUGCACUAACCCGCGACAACACUCAGCUGCUGGUGAACGCCAUCUGGGAGCUGAACACAGAGCGCGUGGAUGAGAGCAUUGUAGCCAAGUUGCCAGAGCCGACGACAGUGCUGCCGCGUAUGCGUAAGCCGCCUGGUCCACGUGUGCUGACAAAGUGGGAGAAGUUUGCUAAGGAGAAGGGCAUCACUAAGAAGAAAAAGGAGAAAAAAACCUACGACGAAGUGCUGGAUAAAUGGGUGCCCACGUAUGGCUUUAAACGCGCAGAGGCUGAGCAGAAUAAAGAUUGGGUCCUGGAAGUUCCCCAAAAUGUUGAUCCUAACACCGAUAUGUUCCAAAAGAAGAUGGACCUGCGUAACGAGAAGGUGGCCAAGAAUGAGAUACAGCGUAUGAAAAACAUUGUGCGUGCAAAAAAGAUCGAAAUGCCACGCAGUGGAUAUCUGGGACCUGAAGCUGCAACAUCAAGUCAACUGCUUACGGCCGUAACAGUGGCCAAGUCAUCGACAGCAUCGGUUGGCAAAUUCCAAAACAAGCUGCCCAAAGAAAGGGAGGCGAGAGGUUUGGGCGUAAAGGAGUUGAUACCUGGUGCCAAGCGCAAGCAAUCGCAUAUCGCAGAUCAGCCCGAAAAGGAGGCCAAUUUGGAUCUCAUCAAGAGCGUUCUAAACAAAAAGCCUAAAUUAGAUGUGGAGAAGGCGAUAUCGUUGCAAAAGCAAGACGAGCGCUUGGCACGAGACGCUGAAUCUGGUAAUAAGCCCGCCAAGAAAUCUAGCAAGAAGGGAAAGGGAAGUCGCAAGGCAGUGGGCAAAAAGCCAAAGGGAAAUCGGGGCCAACGUGCGCCUGGCAAGAAGGCAGCGGCCGGUCGUAAACGUCGCUAAAUAAAAUUGCAGUUGCCUUAGCUAGAACAUUUUUAUUAACAAACAGAUACUUUACAAUUACAAUAAAUUUAAGCCACAAGGAAAUGAA